AUGCAUUAUAAGAAGAAAGAAUCUACAACUCAUCAUUCUUUUCUGUUCAUGAAAGCAAAUGACUGGGAUGAAUUGGAAACGUUGCUAGAGAAUAUCGAUGAGAAAACUACUGAAAUGACUGAAAAAUACACACAUGAACCACCUAUUCAAAAGAAUCCAUGUGAAGAACUUAUUUGUGGCUGGGGUAAAGAAUGUGUUAUAAACAAAAUUGGUGAACCAACUUGUGAUUGUAUUUCAAAGUGUCCGUCCUUAGAUGGUGAUCCACUCGACCAGGUUUGCAGCAAUACAAAUCAAACAUUUCCAUCAUUAUGUGAACUUUAUCGUGAAAGAUGCGUUUGCAAGCAUAAAUCCAACGACUGCAAGAAUAAAAUCAAUGCAAAGGUACAUUUGGAAUAUUUGGGUGUUUGCAAAAGGCUAGAACCCUGUACCGAUGAACUGAUGGCUCAGUUCCCAACACGAAUGGCUGACUGGUUGUUUCAGGUAAUGCGUGAAUUAAAAAAGCGGCGAGAAUUGCAUAAUUUGGAAUGGGAAGAGCUUAUUGCAGAAGCAGAAUCAAAUGAUGAAAAAAAACAUGUCUAUCCAGUUAUCUGGAAAUUCUGUGAUUUGGAUAUUAAACCUCAUGAUAAGCACGUAUCCCACCAUGAACUGAUUCCUAUCACAGCACCUGUGAUUCCAAUGGAAUCAUGCAUUAAACCAUUCUUGGAGAAUUGUGAUGACAAUAACGACGGUAAUAUAUCAAUACAAGAAUGGGGACAAUGCCUUGGCCUAAAAGAAGGUUGGUCGUCUUCUGGUAAAUAA